AUGGAGAUGACUGUGGAAAUGGUUAAUUGGUUGGCUGCAGCAGUAGCGCGAACGUUUUCAAACUGGAAUGGAAGCUCAAGAAGGGGACGUCAAAGUAAAAUACCAACAACACUUGAUCCAGCUAUAACAACAAGCGCUCUACUUAGGGCGUAUGAUGAAGUAAACAAUGAUGCUGUUGGCAGUAAUCGUUAUGGACGCUCGAUUAAGAACUCUCAAACUAACCAGUGCAAUGGAACACCUGCACGUCUUUGUAAGACACGCUACAAUACAACGGCGCCAAUGUAUGGUGUUAGCUUAACUUCUGGGCAACCUGUUACGAUUGUGCAAAAGUUUCCAGAUCUACUCCAGCAAGUUGUAUUCGAAGUGUGCGAAUCAUCGGAGUGUGAUGUAGUUCGAGGAGAAUGUACCCAAACAUAUGUACCCUAUUUAUUCUUGGUCAUACCGCUUGGACCUGUUACAUUAACUGGUCAGGACUACGUGCUUGUUGAGAGUGGUUGUGUUUGUAAGCCUAAAUACUCUACGGGUGCAGCUCAGGAACCAAAUAUGAUACCAUAGGCAUUUUAACGAAACAACCAAAUGUACUGAUAUGGAGUAAGGGAUUAUUGAUGUGUGCUUGAAAGAGCCUAAAAUUAUA